GACAUCAUCAUCCUGCCGCACAUCGUGCUCAACCGCCGCACCUCGGGCAUCAUCGAGAUCGAGAUCAAGCCCCUGCGCAAGACCCAGGACACCAAGAUGAUCGUGGGUGAGGAGAAGAAGUUCCUGCUGCCCUUCUGGCUGCAGGUCAUCUUCAUCUCGCUCCUCCUCUGCCUCUCGGGCAUGUUCAGCGGCCUCAACCUGGGCCUCAUGGCCCUGGACCCCAUGGAGCUGCGCAUUGUGCAGAACUGUGGCACAGACAAAGAGAAGAACUAUGCCAAGCGCAUCGAGCCCGUGCGGCGCCAGGGCAACUACCUGCUCUGCUCCCUCCUGCUGGGCAAUGUCCUGGUCAACACCACGCUUACCAUCCUGCUGGACGACAUUGCCGGCUCUGGGCUGGUGGCCGUGGUGGUCUCCACCAUCGGUAUCGUCAUCUUCGGCGAGAUCGUGCCGCAGGCCAUUUGCUCUCGGCACGGCCUGGCCGUGGGCGCCAACACCAUCUUCCUCACCAAGUUUUUCAUGAUGAUGACCUUCCCGGCCUCCUACCCCGUCAGCAAGUUGCUGGACUGUGUCCUGGGCCAGGAGAUUGGCACGGUCUAUAACCGUGAGAAGUUGUUGGAGAUGCUGCGGGUCACCGACCCUUACAACGAUCUAGUCAAGGAGGAGCUCAACAUUAUCCAAGGAGCCCUGGAGCUGCGCACCAAGACGGUGGAGGACGUGAUGACUCCCCUCCGAGACUGCUUCAUGAUCGCUGCCGAGGCUGUGCUCGACUUCAACACUAUGUCUGAGAUCAUGGAGAGCGGCUAUACUCGCAUCCCUGUUUUCGAGGGUGACCGCUCCAACAUUGUGGACCUGCUCUUUGUUAAGGACCUGGCUUUUGUGGACCCCGAUGACUGUACUCCGCUCAAGACCAUCACCCGCUUCUACAACCAUCCACUGCACUUCGUCUUCAACGACACCAAGCUCGAUGCCAUGCUGGAGGAGUUCAAGAAAGGCAAGUCUCACCUGGCUAUAGUACAAAGAGUAAACAAUGAAGGAGAAGGGGAUCCUUUUUAUGAAGUCCUGGGAAUUGUCACUUUAGAAGAUGUGAUUGAAGAGAUCAUCAAGUCUGAAAUUCUGGAUGAAACAGAUCUAUACACUGAUAACAAGACGAAAAAGAAAGUAGCUCAUCGGGACAGGAAGCAGGACUUCUCUGCCUUCAAGCAGACAGACAGCGAGAUGAAGGUUAAAAUAUCACCGCAGCUCCUCCUGGCAAUGCACCGGUUCCUGGCAACAGAAGUAGAAGCAUUUGGUCCAUCCCAGAUGUCAGAGAAGAUCCUUCUCAGGCUGCUAAAACAUCCCAACGUCAUCCAGGAGCUGAAAUACGACGAGAAGAACAAGAAAGCCCCAGAACACUACCUCUACCAGCGAAACAAGCCCGUCGACUACUUUGUUCUCAUUUUACAGGGGAAAGUGGAAGUGGAGGCUGGGAAAGAGGGGAUGAAGUUUGAAGCUGGUGCUUUUUCCUACUAUGGGGUGAUGGCCCUCACAGCAUCGCCAGCCGAAAACAAGUCUCCACCUCGGCCCUGCGGCUUGAAUCACUCAGACUCUUUAAGCCGAAGUGAUCGCAUCGAUGCAGUGACGCCAACGUUAGGGAGCAGCAACAACCAGCUGAACGCAUCUUUCCUCCAAGUGUAUGUUCCGGACUACUCAGUGAAAGCACUCACAGACAUUCAGUUUGUCAAGAUCUCAAGACAGCAGUACCAAAAUGCCCUGAUGGCAUCCCGGAUGGACAAAACACCUCAGUCCUCGGACAGUGAAAACACUAAAAUUGAACUGACUCUUACGGAGCUGCAUGAUGGUUUGCCGGACGAGACAGCAAACCUGCUGAAUGAACAGAACUGUGUGACUCACAACAAGCCCAACCACAGUAUGCACAGUGAAGGAGCGAUCUAGGAGCUGACUCCCCACAGCCCACCCAUCCCAUCUCCUCAGCAGGACCAGCCCUCGCUCCUUCCUGCCUCCUCCCCGAGUGUGAACACCGUUAGUAUGUGCUUGCAACACUGUGCUGCAUCCAGUGUUCUGAGACCAAAGACUUUUGCGUCCGUUCUGGGAGCAGAAGAGGAAGAAACAGGAAGAAAGGAGCAAAGAGCAAGACAGACUAAAGCCCCCAAGCGUACUUUGGGAAUGGUGAGCCACCCUUGAGAACGAUGAAAAUACUUCUUGCAAAGUAGAAUCAUGUUUAUUUUUUAUCUGUAUUUUUGAUCCUUGUUGGGUUUUUCCUCCUCAAACACAUAAGGAGAAGUUUAAAAGCUCCUCCAGUUAUUUUUUCAAGAGAGAUCAUGUUUUUAAAAAGUAUUUUGCAGAGUUUUAAAUUGUUUCUGUCCCCCCUGAACCUCAAAUGGGCUUUGUCGUAGUUUUGUGAAUUGGCUCCAAUGUCCUUAGGCCUCUCUUCACCCAUCGCUGGUCCUUUUUGUUGCCCUGUUGAAAAAGUUAGUAACUGGUACUUGUAUGUUAUUUGUGUCCUAAGAAUGAGCAAGCUUCAAGGAACCUCUGGUUUCAGCCACCUGGAGGGCCGAGGGAUGAGUAUUACUACAUUCUUCCAGUUAAGUUUCAGGGAAGGAGUGGUUACUUUGGUAUUUAAUGAUCUCUCAAAUUUCAGAAGGUUUAUUGGUAAAACAGGCAAAAGCGUUGUUACACUUACAGUUUUGUAACCUCCAAAACCUUUGUCUAUUUUGAAGAUGAUACUGAAGGGGGGAAGGAGUUAAUUAGCACAACUGCAGUCUCGUGAAAUGAAAGCUGGGUGUAAUUUUCCGUAGUGAAGUAACUGGGUGAUUUUUCAUUGAUGUUCCUGACAAUUGCAUGGUGAAGUAAUGUGCACACCCCAAAACGACAAGCUUUAAAGCACUCCCAUGCUGUAGGGGUCUGCGCAUCAUCACCUUGGCCAGAGCAGAUGUGCAGUCUUUGCUAAAUAACAGGGAACACCAGUCCCUGUCCCCCCUUCAAUCUCUAGUAUUAACACACAAGAUGCUGCUACACUUACACCCAAAGUACAUCCUCCAGGUGACAGUAAACCUCUGCCAGCCCAAGGAUGGGCUCUGCUGAGGAGUCAGGACCAUCCUCUCCUCUCCAGGAACUGACAAAACUUUCCGGACGCGAGUGUAUUGCACUUCAGGGAUUCGGAAAGGUUCAUUUCCAGGCUGUUCCCAGCCACAUUCCUUCCUUUGAGUGGUUUUAAUGCAUUUCCUUCUCUCUUGCCCCUUUUAACAGCCAUUUUAGGGAUUACCAUGGUAGCAGAGCAGAGAGCCUCCCCCUUGGCUGCUGCUAGUGCAGGGCACCCUGCCUUGGGCAGCAGAAACCAAUUCCUCCACCCCAAAAACCUGAAUGCAGAUCGGGUGCAAGCAAGAGGCACCUCGUGGCAGUUGUGCAUCACACGUUCCCCACUCCCACAGGUGGAGUCCAAGUCCUCAAACAAAAAAAAGUCCCAUCCCCUUCGAUACUCUCCCCUUCCAGUGCUGUCUCAAACAAAAUGUGAACGUUGCAUUGCCUUUGGUAUCUGGAGUGAUUAAUAAAUCAGGCCUUGCGGUUUUUCUGUUUCGAGACCCUUCCAUGGCCCCUGGCUAUGUAGCAUUUCCCUUCUUUUCUUUACACUUUCGUAAUCUCAUCUGACCCUCAGAAGAAGCCCCCAGCCCCAUGUGCAACUGCCAGAGCUCUCUGUGCCUGCACGCCUGCCCCAUCCCUCCUGCUCGCCGGCCGGGGAGGGCACUCGCCGCAAGUUCCCGUGGUCCAUCUUUGCAAAUGGUGGCAGGAAAGGUGCAAUAUUUUGCUGCAGGAUCUCCCUGCAGGAAAUUGGAGUGCAUGGUGUCAGAGCCGAUUGGGUCUGCGUGUGUGUCUCCUCCUCGCUCUUUCGGCUUCAGAAAGCAGACCUAAUUUUUGCUGUCCUCCCUGAUGGGAAAGGUGCACUUCUUCCUUGGAGUCACCCAUGAGGAUGAAGUCUCCACAAGGGGGCAUAGAAAUCGCACAGUAUCUAACUUGUGCACCCAGUGAGGAGGAAACAGGGCCCCCAAAACCUUACUCUCACGUUUAGCUUUUUAUUAACUUGUUUUGAGUCCCAUCUAAAAGCAUUUCCUGAUCUCCAUCCUCGCUCUGAUGUGCACCAAUCUGCUACCCCCGAGAGCACAUGGCUCAGCGUCGGCAAGGGCUGGCCUAAGCCCGGCUCAUUCCCAGAGAGCUGCCAAUAUUGCACCUUUCUUGCAGAGCAAAAUGUUGAGAUGUUACAGCAUUUGUCCUCGGUGAGGGACUCGCCUCGCCAGCGUUUAUCUAGUGUUGCUGAAUGUAAAAGUUUGUCAGAAGUGUUCGACACGGUGGUGAACUUGAGAUGCAGUAUCCGUUUUGUCAAACCUGCCGAAGGAGGGAAGGCUCAAGUCAAGGCAGCUCUCUCUCUGGGUCGAGGUUGCUCGCUGGAUCUGACUUCUGCUUCUUAUGGCAGGGUAUGGGUUUUUUUUUUUGUCUG